GGCGCAACAAUAGCCAGCUGCGGACCGGCAGUGCGUCCGUUCGGCCGCUGGGUGUCUGCACUCUGGCUCUAGUGAGGGAGGUCUGUCCGUGGUUUCCGGAAGAGAGGGUGUGACACAUGGGACACACACACACACACACAAACACACACGUCUCAGGUCAGCCACAGCUGAUCCUCAGAAACACUUAUCGCACAGAAGCCUGUACGGAUGCUCUGUGUCAACGAUCGGCUGUGAGUGGAGUGAAUCAAACAGGCACCGUGCAUCCAAACGGGACAUCCCUCUCCCUUUUGACUUGAACGCGUAAAUGGACUCAAACACGCCCGACUACUCCUUUGGCUGUGGUGGAACGCUGCGACCGGAGGCUGGCCCAGCUCCCGUUGAUGCUGGUGGGCGCUCCCCAGUACUCUCCCUGCAACCUGCUCCUGCCUCCCCGCCCACCAUGGCUAUGAGCAGUGACCCUGGCCGUGAGAUGCUGGACCCCGACUCUGACAAACGGACCAGCAGUCUCGCAGACAAAAUGACUGCCUUGACAACGGAGGACUCCAGCGGCUCUGCGUCCAACGGCGUGAGGAAUGGCGGGGCUCAGCAGGACGCGGCUCAGGCCAAGAAGACUCGUGCGCUGCGGCCUCACCUGACUGGGAGGAAGUUGUCGCUGCAGGAGCGAGGCACUUACCUGUCAGGCUCUGGGGGAGGAUAUACGCACACAUCCCCUCGUGUGGCUCGCAGGCCCACCGUGGAGUCUAAGCGUGUGUCCAUCUCAGAUGAUCAGGACUGUAUCCAGUUGAACCAGUAUAAGCUGAAGAGUGAGAUUGGAAAGGGCUCCUACGGUGUAGUCAAACUUGCCUACAAUGAGGAUGAUGACAAACAUUAUGCCAUGAAGCUGGUGUCUAAGAAGAAGUUGAUGAAGCAGUGUGGUUUUCCACGUCGCCCACCCCCAAGAGGACCCAAAGCGGCCCAAGGAGAGCAGCCCAAAAUCUUAGGACCCCUGGAGAGGGUCUACCAAGAGAUUGCCAUCCUUAAAAAACUGGACCAUGUCAACAUUGUCAAGCUGGUGGAGGUGCUGGAUGAUCCAGCGGAGGACAACCUUCACAUGGUGUUUGAGCUGAUGCCUAAGGGUCCAGUGAUGGAAGUGCCCUCAGACAAUCCUUUUUCAGAGGAGCAGACGAGGUUAUACUUCAGAGACAUCAUCCUGGGCAUUGAGUACUUGCACUACCAGAAAAUUGUCCACCGGGACAUCAAGCCUUCUAACUUGCUACUGGGGGACGAUGGCCACGUGAAGAUAGCAGACUUUGGGGUCAGCAACCAGUUUGAGGGCAACGAUGCUUUGCUGUCCAGCACUGCUGGCACUCCUGCAUUUAUGGCUCCAGAGACCCUUUCAGACACACGAAAGAGCUUCAGUGGAAAAGCGCUGGACGUGUGGGCCAUGGGAGUUACUCUCUACUGUUUCGUCUUCGGGAAGUGCCCCUUUAUUGACGAGUACAUAUUGGCUUUGCACAAUAAGAUAAGGACCAAGCUUGUGGAUUUCCCAGAAACACCAAAGAUCAGUGAAGAGCUGCGGACUCUGAUCUUGUGUAUGCUGGACAAGAACCCAGACACCAGGAUCACCAUGCCUGAAAUCAAGAUGGACCAGUGGGUGACCCAGAGAGGCACUGAUCCUUUGCCUCUGGAGGAGGAGCACUGCUCUGUGGUGGAGGUGACAGAGGAGGAAAUCCAGAAUUCAGUCAAGUUUGUUCCCAGCCUCUCUGCAGUGAUUUUGGUAAGAGCCAUGCUGAGGAAGCGCUCCUUCGGUAACCCCUUUGAGUGCCCGAGCAGGAGAGAGGAGAGGUCCAUGUCUGCACCUGGCAGCCUGCUCAUAAAGAGCAGCACAGGAGACGGACCCAGAGAAGGAGAGCUGGAGGACCUGCAUGAAGACGAGCCCUCCUCUUGAGUCUUAAUGACGCUCCUCCCUUCAACAGAGCUCUGUCUUAAACUCCAUCGUCUUUCCAUUCCUUUGCUUGAACCACAGUGUGCCCACCCCUUCAUCCUUCAAAUCCGUGACACACCGCAGGCGUAUCACUCUAUACACUGGACAGACACUGCUGGAUCACUUGCGUUUACGUUUACUUAUUUCCUUCCCUCUUCAGCCUCAGAGUUUCCUUCUUAAUCCCAAUCCCCCACAAUUCCCUUCUCUAAUGUGGAGUCCUCUGGGCACUGACGAUCUACAAUGUUGCUUGUCUUAACUGCUCACUGUUGUGACUGGCAUCCGUGAACUGAUAAGAGGAACUCUGCUAAAUUUCUGGAUCAUUAACAGUUUGAAUUAUUGUUGCGGAAGAACGGCACAAACAUGUUUGUCAGCUGGCAGUACACUGUAAUGUGGGGGAAAAAACUGCCAAACUCAGUUCUUUUUUUUUUUUUUUUUUUUUUUUUAUACCCGUGUGCAUGGAUGAACAGUUGGGCCUCAUCAUCAGACUGUCGACAGCCACCUGUCCCAGUCAGGCGAAGAGAAUAAUCAUCACAGAUUUCAGCAUGUAAAUGACACUAUAUUGUCUCUUCAGUGAACUACAGUGCUUUGUUUUAAAUUAUUUAUCGGUUAUCGUCUCACAGCCCUUUUCUUGUGUGUGCGCCAUCAGCUUUUACACUGGAAGGUCCAAGUCCUUCCAGUGCUGGCCUGACUGGUUGAACGUCUCUUACAGGAAGGAAAGGAAGUCAGCUGUCUGAGGCCGGUCACACAGAAAGGACUACAUCAUGUCUACUGUAAUGUGUAAUUAUUUCUGUUAGAACUCAUUUCACACUUCCUCUCCUACACUUUGUUUGUCUGAUUUCUUUUCUCUAACACUGUCUCUUUCCCUUUUAUGUCAUACAGUAACCCUUGAUUUGAUGUGAAGUAAUUGCGACAGAUAUUGGAGCCUUAUGAAGUGGAUGUUUGAUGGCGAAUGUGAACACUGUAAACUACUCCGAUGGCCUAUACCUUAAAUAAUUCCCCCUACAAAUUAGAAUGUAUUAUUGUACAACGCUCUUUGAUGCAGAGCUGAUUUGAAGGCAUGAAUAAUCUUAUUGUCUAAGUUAAACAUCAAUGAGUGCUCUAACAGAAGAAAUUGAAUCAGUUAUCCAGGCUCAGUGACUGUACACACAUUCUUAUUAAGGGGGAUGGGAGGACAGAAAAGGGGGAGGCUUAUAUAAGUUUCCUUUUUGCUGAGGGGAGGGUAGUGGGACUUUUUGGAAGUGCAGAUCUUUUUUUUUUCUACCACCCCAAAUAUAUAUUUCAGUAUUCCCUAGCAGAAUAAAAUAAAGGGAAUCAGGUGUUCAGGUGUGCACAGUGGGUCAUAGAGACAACAAUCCCUGCGCUGUUUAAGGGACAUUUAAGGGGUUAAAUGUUAACCCUACCAAGACCCAAGUAUGUCCUAUAAACCCAGCCUAUAUUAUAAAUCAAUCUGAGCCUUUUAUGUUUGCCUUAAAUCUCACUCUGAAUCUAGCUGGCUAUUGUGAAAAUUAUUAUCCCAUAUGCAUUUUUAUAAUUAUAUGAAAGUAUAUCUAUAAAAUAUAAAUGAGAUUGAAUUUAAAUUAGGUUUCAAUUAGAUUACAGGACCACAAAUUCGAAGUUUCGAAUAAUAAUAAUAAUAAUUUGAAUAAUGAAGGAUUGUGCAAUGUUAAACUAACUAGUUUGCCUGCCGGCCGUUUUUAAAGAUCCAACUAGUAAUACGUGUUUGUAGAGUAGUGUGCUAGGUAAGUGAUAAAAAGUGAUUUGAGCUCUUUGUUUGCCAUUCAAAGUGGUUCGCUAACUCUGUGACGCCGACUCAAAUCAUUGAGAGCACGUGUGGCUCCGCAGCAGCUCAGCCUCAGAUGAAUGUUAAUAGAACUCCAUUUUGAUUUUAUUUUUGACCUCCUCUCUUGCUGGCCUGGGUAGUCGCCCUGUUAGAGAAAGCGUGUUUGGCUCUGAUCACUUGAACGGCAGUGAAAAGGAGAAUCUCAGCGUCAUGAUUAGGCCCAGGCUGCCAACGUCAAGACUUGAGCUUUGCAGUUCCUCUGUUAAUCUUGGCCUCAGUGGCCUUCAGUCAAUCAGAAUGGGAAACAGUUUCACCUACUGUGUUUAGGGAUUGAUGUUCACAGAGGCAGGGACGUUUAUGCAUUACAAACCAGAGAUUAUCGUGGGUGCUGGAGAUUGUAAAGCUUUAUACUGUAUCUUUAUUUAAUUGUUCAGUAAAAGAGGUGGUAAUGUGUACAGGAAAAAUGAAUAUCUUAAUGUGAAGUUGUCUAAAAUGUUGUAUACGCAGUUUGAAAUCUAGCAAGACUCAUUUAAUAAUGGUUUUCUUUAGUGUUCGUUCCUUCUCCCUGCUGAGGAAGAUGUGAAGUGAAAGGAGGUGCAGGUCUUUUUGCACCUUUUUAAUGAAAGGCUGUUUGAACCCCAAACAUUUGUGAUGGGAUGUUCUAACUUAUCAGACCCAAACGGAAUCUGCAGAUUUUUUUUAUUUAGUUUUUUACAGUUUUCAGCGGUGAUACAGGAUGAACAUUUUGCGGGGGGUUUUCUGCUUGGGGGGUGGAAAUGUUUUAACAUUCUGAGUUUCAUUUAAUUUUGUUCAAAUUUGUUUGACGUCUGUAAAAAAAAAAAA